AUGGCUCCAAAACGUUGUUUUAAAAAGAAGAUAACAGAGAGCUUUAUCUUCGCUCCUCAAGAACGAGGUUUGAGGACAGAUUCGGUCAAGCACAGCAUAGAUAGGACAUCUGGGACACCACUGUGCAGAUUAUGUGGUGACGCCACUGAAACGGUAUGGCAUACUGUCAGUGGAUGUAGGAAGCUUUCCCAGAGAGAAUAUAGGAAGUGCCACAACAAGGUGGCUCUACGAGUACACUGAGAGAUAUUAUAUUAAAAACGUAUGGGUUAGAGUGUAUCGAAAAGUGGUACGACCAUCAACCCUUCCAGUAGCAUAGAAUAUACCAGUGAGGAUAAAUCGGGGUAUGACUGUCUUUACGAACAAGCGGCUGAAAGCCUGAAGCACAAUCGAUCAGAUAUUCCACUAACUGUAGAACACACACAAGACACACAGGAAUGAACAUUUAUCGACAUUAAAGUGCCAGCGGACCAAAAAUAACAUCCUUACUACCGAGAAGCAAAAGUCGGAAAGGUAUCAAGACCUAGCUCUCGAAAUUAAAAGAAUCCACAGAGCCACGAGAGUAACAGUAUAAUACCCAUCUUGAUUGGUGCACUUAGAAGUAUCUCGAAGAAUGCAAACGCCUGGUACAUAUUUUAUGAAGUGCACAGUUGUCAGCCAUCCCCAUCCUUGGUACUUCCCAUAUCUUGCGGAAAGUGUUGUGUCUCUAAGCCGCGGGAAGCUGCUGAGACAUGGCUGAGAAUACCCAAAAGAUACCAGAACUGGAGGGGAUCACACAAUAAUAUUAAUAAUAAUAAUAAUAAUAAUAAUAACAAUAAUAAUGAUAACAAUAAUAAUGAUAAUGAUGAUGAUGAUGAUGUUUAUGAUGAUAAUAAUCGAUGGAUCGGUCGAUCGAUUGAUCAGUCACUAGUCACUAUCCGAAGCACAUGAAGAAGGGCAAUAUCCAAAGCAGGUGCUUGAACAUGAAAGAUCUAAAGCCAAAAAUUCAAUAACUAAGAAUGCUACUAAGUUCAAAAGGGAAGUAACAAUGCCAGAGUUUGAGAAGAGAGAAGUUAAAUCAGCCUGGGAAAAUGCUAAAUACCUAAAACAAAUGUUCAAGUCCAAAAUAAAGUCAAUGAAAGAAGAAAAGUGGGAAAACAAAUUUGCAUUGCAUGACCAGUAUCCAAAGAUCCUAGAGAAGCCUCAUGUCGACACAGUCAGCACCAACAAAAUGGUUAUCAAGUAAUCUGAAAAUAGAAACAGAGGAGCCACUGGUAGCAGCUCAAGACCAGGCAACAAAAACCAAAAACCACCAGAAAGUAAUAUGUGGCAAGCAAGUGAAGAGCAAUUGCAAAGUGUGUUCACAAUAUGA